CUACAACACAACCAUCCAUGCAUUCGCAAGAGCAGGAGAAUGUUCCAAGGCUGAACCACUUCUGUUGGAGGAGAUGUAUCAAGAGUUCUUAGAUGGCAACGAGAGUGCAGGCCUAAUAUCAUUCAUUCAGUGGUGUGUUGGAGCUCUGGCAAAAUCCAGCAACCCUGAUUCGGCUCAAAGAGCUGAAGCUGUGCUGGAUCGAAUGAUUGACCUCUUCAAUAGUGGUACCCUCUCUGUACAACCAGAUUUAAUCAGCUUUAGCUCAGUCAUCAAUGCCUAUGCUAAGGGUGGUCUUGCCGAUGAUGCAGAAAGGGUACUGAGAAGGAUGCAAAAGGACUAUCAAGGUGGUCUCUUGGAUGAGCCCCCCAACACAAUCUGCUACAACACAACCAUCCAUGCAUUCGCAAGAGCAGGAGAAUGUUCAAGGCUGAAGCACUGUUGGAGGAGAUGUAUCAAGAUUUCCUUGAUGGCAACAAGAGUGCAAGGCCUAAUACUCAGUCAUUCAAUGUUGUGUUGGAUGCUCUGGCAAAAUCAAGAAACCCUGAUUCAGCAAAAAGAGCAGAAGCUGUGUUGGGUCAAAUGAUUGACCUCUCUAGUAGUGGUACCCUUUCCGUACAACCCGAUACCUACAGCUACAACUCUGUCAUCAAUGUCUAUGCCAAGCAUGGCCUUCCCGACGAGGCAGAAGGAGUUCUGAGAAGAAUGACGAAGGCCUAUCACGAUGGUAUUCUGAAUGAGCCCCCAAAUACAGUGUCCUACACUGCAGCUAUCCAUGCAUUCGCAAGAGCAGGAGAAUGUUCCAAGGCUGCAUUCCUCUUGGAGGAGAUGUAUCAAGAGUUCUUAGAUGGCAACGAAAGUGCACGGCCUAAUAAUCAUUCAUUCAGUGGUGUGUUGGACGCUCUGGCAAAAUCCAGCAACCCUGAUUCGGCUCAAAGAGCUGAAGCUGUGCUGGAUCGAAUGAUUGACCUCUUCAAUAGUGGUACCCUCUCUGUACAACCAGAUUUAAUCAGCUUUAGCUCAGUCAUCAAUGCCUAUGCUAAGGGUGGUCUUGCCGAUGAUGCAGAAAGGGUACUGAGAAGGAUGCAAAAGGACUAUCAAGGUGGUCUCUUGGAUGAGCCCCCCAACACAAUCUGCUACAACACAACCAUCCAUGCAUUCGCAAGAGCAGGAGAAUGUUCCAAGGCUGAAGCACUGUUGGAGGAGAUGUAUCAAGAGUUCUUAGAUGGCAACAAGAGUGCAAGGCCUAAUAUUCGGUCCUUCAAUGCCGUUUUGGAUGCUCUCGCAAAAUCAAGCAAUGUUGAUUCAGCAAGACAAGCAGAAGCUGUGCUGGAUCGAAUGAUUGACCUAUUCAAUAGUGGUACCCUCCCUGUACAACCAAAUUCAAUCAGCUACAACUCAGUCAUCAAUGCUUUUGCCCAGUGUGGACUCGGUCAUGAUGCAGAGAGGUUAUUCCAAUGCAUGGUUCAAGACUAUGAUGGCGGGGACACAUCAGCAAAACCAGACAUCAUUACCUUCAAUGUCUUGCUCAAGUCAUAUUCCAAAUCUGAUGUUUUAAAUCCUGGGGCAAAGGCUGAUGCAGCACUGAAGUUGAUGAUGGAUCAUUUCAAGUUGGAGCCAAAUGCUGCAUUAUUAAUCUCAGCCAAAAUUUGCUGGCGAAAAGAUUUGACGCAUCCAAAUACAAAAAAACGACUGUCUGAGUUGCAAGCAGCAAUAGAGAGGAUUGGCAAACCCAAUGGCAAGAGCAAACGGAGAGGUCAGAGAAGAUCUGGCAAGAAGCAUUAG